AUGUCGCCAACAUCGAUAGCAUCUCCGAUUCUUUUCGAAUACCGGAAACUAUGGUUGAUCUCUGUGCUGGUCUUUUUUCUUUCCACUGGGGUAUUUGUGGCACAAUACCCAGAGGAAAUGAAGACCUACGGGCCAUUCACAUUGGCAUUUGCUACUUUCUUGGGAUUUGCAGCAUAUUCUUCGGCUCGCACUCCACUUAUGGACUUGGUGCCGUGGCUUCCCAUGAUCGUUUGGCUCUUCGUCCUCUUGACGGUAUACUUUCUUCCCAGGCUUCGUGAGCUCUUCGCCCAGCCACUCGACCCGGAAGAUGCCAUGGAACAAGGCCGUCAUCAUCCCGUCCACAGGAUACCAUUGGAUGAUGUCCGUAUCCAACCCAAUGUGAAUCGUCCUGGGAAUGAUCCAAUGGAGCUGGAAGAAUGGCUCAGAGGAAUGGAUCGCAAUUCCGUCCCAGGACUUCCUGAUGAUCUUAGUACCCAAGGGAGUGAUAUCGAGUUGCCUCAACACUCUGAAGCUAUGGCAGUUGCCUGGCGAAGAGCAGUGCGCAUGGGCCGACAAGGCCUUAUGACCGGUGGACUUUCCCAAACCUCAUCGGACACACCAUAUCCACAUAACUUGAACGUUGACGUACACGGUGGCCACUUUCAAAACUCGGACGAUCGUUUCAACUCACCUUCCUUGAGUCCAGCUGCAAGCAGCCUUCCGUCAAUAGGUGCGGAAUCAGACACUCCAUUGCUGGGGUAG